AUGGAUGGUGGCGAUACUUAUAUAUGUAUAAAACAAUUUAAUGCCAGAUUAGGCGAUGAAUUGAGUCUUAAAAUUGGCGACAAAAUUCAAGUAUUGGCUGACGAUAGAGAAUAUAAUGAUGGUUGGUACAUGGGCAAAAACUUGUUGACUGGAGAAGCAGGCUUAUAUCCAAAAACAUUUACUCAAUUAAUAACCAACAAUGAUAGUAAAACACUUCUUAGAUCGAGGUCAAGAAGAAUGAUGGCACCUAAAAGUUCCGACCAAGAAACAACACCAAAGGACACCACUACUCCCGUGGUGUCGAGUAAUCUCAAUCCCAACACUCCUCCAAAUUACCCUCCAACAUUGUCAUCUUCAACAGAACCUUCCCAUUUAGCUGAACCAAUGUCUCAGUUAAAUUUAAAUAAAGAUUCUCAAUCUUCUCAAUAUACUGGGUCUCAUUUGAACAGCCAAAUUGAUAGAGCAUUACAAGAACUUCAAGGGUCUAAUGCCGACUUGACCAAUUCUGGCAAUAGUUUUAAUGAGCACAGAAACCACCACUACAAUAACAACACUAAUAAUAAUAAUAAUAAUAAUAAUAAUGCUGCUACUAGUAAUAAUUACAAACAACCACAGUUAAUGUCGAAGAAAUCAAAUGAUAGUCUUUCUAGUCAAUAUCAAUAUCAAUCACAAUCCCAACAACCAAAACAUUUGAGUGGAGAUAAAUCUCGACAAUCCUUAACUGACGAUUUGGACCCUUUGAAAGCAAAUACUUGGACACCAAAGCAAGUUUCUUCUUAUUUUGCCUUGGUGUUAGGGUUUGAUAUGGAUGUGGCUGGGAAAUUUGCUCAACACAAAAUCACUGGAGAAAUCUUGUUUGAAUUGGAUUUAAAUCUUUUGAAAGAAUUGGAUAUUGAUUCAUUUGGUACCAGAUUCAAAUUAUAUAAAGAAAUUGGGAAAUUAAAGGAAUUGAAUACUGAAGGAGUUAAAGAUAAACAAUUGAGAACAGAUUCUCUGUCGACUGGAUCAACUGGUAAAAAUGACACUACGUCAUCAGCAUUAAAUUCUCCACCAACUGCUUCCACAACUUUACACGAUGCCGUGCCUCAUAUCGAUGAUAAUGAUAUGUUAAAUAAUACUGGCAAACAACAAACACAACUAAUGCCAUCAGCCGUUUUGACCAACACUUCUGACUACAAUAAUAAUAGUCAACAACGAAGUGGUUCUCAACAUCAUCAGAGGAAAAGAUCACUGUCGGUGGAUGUUGCCCCACAACAAUACUUGGCUUCUGAUUCUACAUUUAUGUCGCCUAGAAGAGCUCCUCAACCACCAUCUGGUGAGAGCCCAAUUGAUACAAGUUAUAAAUUUGGUGCUGGAAGCGAAUACGAUAGACCACCUUCACACUAUGGCAUGUACAUGACACGUACUAACGCUUCAAGUCAUGCCUUGGGAAGUUCAUCACCAGGAAUCAACUCACGACCAGCUUCAUCAAUUUAUGAUCUGUUUUCCAAUCAUAAUAGAAAUGGAUCAUCAACUUCAAAACAACACCACAAGAGAAAUUCAUCAGUAACCAACAAUAACAAUAACAAUAACGGUAACAGCAACCACAAGCAUCAUCACAGACGUCAUUCUUCGGUAUUCUCAUACCUUUCGUCUGGUAAUGAUGAUUCGGCAAAACCAACACCAAAAUUAUUGAGUAGUAAGUUCCAAAGUAACAAUUUGUACAAGGGUGGUGAUGAUGGUCAUGGAGAUUUCACUUCUUCAAGCAAUAACAACAACAAUAACAGUAAGUUAGUGUCGCCAGCCCAGAUCAAGAGAGAAACCACUAGUGGUCAAUCGUCUCUUCAUGAAUCAGGAUCCAAAUCGAAAGGAAAAUCACAAAUUUUUGAUUUAUCCAAUUCACCAGUUGAUAUUGAUGAUGCCAAGUUUUCUCCAAAAAAACUGAAUUCCGUAUCAGUUCGCACCAAGUCAAUGGAUGCAAUUGGUGGUAAUGGAGACGAUAGACGUGUUGCUAGUGAUUCUACAGGAUUGAGUCAAUCAAAACCUAAUAAUUCAUCAAGACUUAAAGGCAUUCGUGCCACGUCAACUCAAAGUUUCCGAAGUUUAACAGGGUCGAAGAAACUGAAAACAUCAGCAUUUCAAGAAGGUAUACGUGAGAUUACUCCUGAUGAAGCCAUUAAAACUGCCAGUCAUAGUGGUUAUAUGUCUAAACGUUCAAAUAACAAUUUAGCGUGGAGAACAAGAUAUUUCACAUUACACGGUACCAGAUUAUCAUAUUUCCAAUCUUUGAAAGAUAAAAAGGAAAAAGGUUUGAUUGAUAUUACUGCUCAUAAAGUGAUACCUAUUGAUAGUGCUAGUGAUGAUACUGAUAAAGCUGAUAGAUAUGCUGCGAUGUAUGCCUCGACAACAUUUGCUGGUAAUUAUUGUUUUAAAUUGGUUCCACCGGCUCCAGGGUUUAAAAAGGGGUUAACGUUUACGCAACCGAAAACUCAUUAUUUUGCUGUUGAAACAGAAGAAGAAAUGAGAGCUUGGGUCAAAGCAUUAAUGCAAGCCACUAUUGAUAUUGAUGAUUCUGUUCCUGUUGUGAGUAGUUGUUCUACCCCAACUGUCAGUUUGAAUAAAGCUCAAGAAUUGUUAGCUAAAGCCAGAGAAGAAACCAAAUUACGAGAUGAACAACUAAAAGCUAAUGGCUACAUUAGAAGCUUAGAAGAUAUCAAUGAUACUUCAUUUCUGGCAUCUUUGGAUUAUCCUGAUAUGAGUGGAGAUAUUGGUUUUGGUAGUACUUCUCCAGUAGCAGCAACUUCAGCACCUAAAUUGACUCUUGAUACUAAUUUUAAUAGGAAAAGUUCUGGAACUAUGGGAACAACGGGGACAAUAGGUACUCCAGGAACAUCAGGUGGUACGGUACCAACAACACCACAAAUACCACGAUCAUCAAGUCAAAGUGGUGGGUUUGCUUCACCUUAUUUAUUAGCUUCUGGGUUAUUAUCACCCAAAUCAGGAGGUGGUGCCGGUCCAGGAGGAAUUGUAUCAUCGUCUUCUCCAAUUAAUGAAAAUGGACCUUUAAGAAAUUCAACUUCAAAUUCAGAAUAUUUUGGUGAUAUUACUUAUAAAAGUUUAAAACCACCAUCUCGACAAAAUUCCCAAUAUGCAAGUAUCACUAGUGGUGGUGGCAGUAUUGGGUUUGGAUAUGGUUCCAACAAUAGUGGCCUAGGUGGACCAGCAACAGCAAUUGGAGGAGGAGGAGGAGGAGUAUUAUCAUCAUCCACUCCAUAUUCUACUGGUUCUGGAUCAACAGCAAGUUCAAUGAAUUAUAAUAAUCAUAACAACAACAACAACAACAACAAUUCUGUUAAUAGUCCGAUUAAUGAAUUUAGAUCUUCAAGGGAUUUGAAAUCAUCAUCGUCACCAACGACAACAACAGGUACAUCUUCAACAUCAGGGAAAAAACCCCAAUCACGUAGAACAUCAGAUAAAAUGUUGGGAUUUUCAAGUGAUGCUUCAGGUAGUCAUACUUUUGUUAUUAAACCGAAAAAAUAA